AUGGAGCCGAAGGACACAGUAGCGGCAACAUUCGACCGUGCCAGUGAAGUCAAAGCAUUCGACGAGAUGAAGACCGGAGUGAAGGGUCUCGUCGACGCCGGAAACACAACAAUCCCACGCAUUUUCCAUAACCCGCAAGCAUCCAUAACAUACCCUAAACACCCCUCGUCGGUGACAAUCCCAACAGUUGAUCUUGGAGGCGUGUUGGAAUCCAAAGUCACAAGAGAGAGCGUGGUUGCGAAGGUGAGAGACUCGAUGGAGAGGUUCGGGUUUUGCCAGGUGAUUAACCAUGGGAUCCCAGUCCAUAUCAUGGAGAAGAUGAGAGAUGGGGUUCGUGGGUUUCACGAGCAAGAUCCAGAAGUGAGAAAAACGUUCUAUAGCCGAGAGAACAAACUUAAGUAUCACACUAACGCCGAUCUCCAUCAUUCUCCUGCUGGUAGCUGGAGAGAUACCUUCACUUGUUUCAUGGCUCCUGAUGUUCCAAAACCAGAGGACUUGCCUCAGAUUUGUGGGGAGAUCAUGUUGGAGUACUCAAAGUGGAUGAUGAAGUUAGGAGAGCUUUUCUUUGAGCUAUUAUCAGAAGCUUUAGGGCUAAAACCUAACCACCUCAAAGAAAUGGAUUGCGCAAAAGGUUUGUUCUUGCUAUGUCAUUGCUUCCCGUAUUGCCCUGAGCCAGACAGAACACUCGGAGGUGCUCCACACACAGACAGAUCUUUCCUCACAGUUCUUCUUCCAGGCCAGAUUGGAGGACUUCAAGUUCUCCAUGAAGGAUAUUGGAUCGAUGUUCCUCCAAGUCCAGGAUCUCUUAUCGUUAACGUUGGAGAUCUCCUACAGCUUCUAUCUAACGACAAGUUUGUAAGCGUGGAGCACAGGAUUUUGGCCAACAGAUCUAAAGAGCCACGCAUCUCGGUUGGGGCUUUCUUUGUACAUCCUUCACCGGGUUCGAAGCUUUAUGGACCUAUUAAAGAGCUUUUGUCUGAAGAAAACCUUCCAAAGUACAGAGACACCCAUGUUCAGGCCUCUAACCACUAUGUCGCUAGAAGUCUUGAUGGGAAUAAUUCUUCCUUAAGCCAUUUGAGGAUCUGA